AUGGGGUCUUUACUAUCAAAUGCAUCUAUUUUUUUAGACAAAUCUUUGAGACCAUAUGUUAACUCUAGUUCCUUUAUCAAAGAUACUGGGGACUUUUUGAAAAAACUACAGAGUAUACCAAUUGAGAAUACUAAAGGAAUCCUCUUUAGUUUGGAUGUUACUUCAUUGUACACAUCUAUUACACAUGAGGCUGGCAUUGGCGCUUAUGCUGACACCUGGUGGCGUUAUAUAGACGACAUCUUUGGCGUGUGGCUGAGCGACAUUGGAACCCUUGAGGAAUUUGUAAAUGAACUUAACUCUGCCACUUGUCACAUUAAAUUUAAGCUGGUUUGUAGUGAGGAGAGUGUUGUGUUUCUUGACACCAGGGUACUUAAAAGUAACCAGGGUCUUGUAGUUGAUCUACAUAAGAAAGCAACAGAUUGCAACACUCUUCUCCAUUACGAUAGCAUGCAUCCCCCGUCCUUAAUUAGGUCGCUUCCAAGGAGUCAACUCCUUAGAGUAAAAAGAAUCGUCUCUGAAACAGGUCCUGUAGUACAGAGAUUAGAAGAGAUGGGUGACCGUUUUAAGGUUAGGGGAUAUCCAUCAGCCCUAAUUCAAAAGGAGAUUGAAAACGUGAAGCGGGCGUGCAUUUCACUUCAUAUUGGACAAGCAGGGGUGCAGAUAGGAAAUGCAUGCUGGGAAUUGUAUUGCUUGGAACAUGGAAUACGGCCAGACGGACAUCUUGUUACAGAGAAAACGGAUUCUUCUGGACAGACCUUCUUCCGUGAGACAGACGCCGGAAAACAUAUUCCCAGGGCAAUAUUUGUAGACACAGAAUCUUCUGUCAUAGAUGAAAUCAGGACAGGUAAGACCCGUAGUCUCUACCACCCCCUACAGCUUAUAUCCGGUAAGGAGGAUUCCGCCAAUAACUAUGCCCGAGGGCACUACACCAUUGGGAUGCAGCUGAUCGAUGAUGUUUUGGACCGUAUCAGGAAACUGGCAGACCAGUGUGAGGGUCUCCAAGGGUUUCUGGUCUUUCACAGUUUUGGAGGUGGCACAGGCUCCGGAUUUAGCUCUUUGCUGAUGGAAAAGCUGAAGAUGAAUUAUCUGAAGAAGUCUAUUCUGGAGUUUUCCAUUUAUCCUUCACCACAGAUCUCCUCAGCUGUAGUGGAACCAUAUAAUUCCAUUCUGACCACCCACAGCACCUUGGAGCACUCAAACUGUGCUUUUAUGGUAGAUAAUGAAGCCAUUUAUGAUAUCUGCCGUCAUAACUUGGAUAUAGAGCGUCCAUCAUAUAUUAAUUUAAACAGGCUAAUUGGACAAAUUGUGUCUUCUAUAACUGCAUCUCUGAGGUUUGAAGGCCUAUUGAAUGUAGACCUUGUUGAGUUUCAGACCAAUUUAGUGCCUUAUCCUAGAAUUCAUUACCCCCUGGUCACAUAUUCUCCCAUAGUAAAUGUAGAAAGGGCUUACCAUGAACAACUAUCUGUACCAGACAUAACCAAUGCUUGUUUUGAACCCGCUAACCAAAUGGUGAAAUGUGACCCUAGACGUGGUAAAUACAUGGCGUGCUGCUUAUUAUACAGAGGUGAUGUAGUGCCCAAAGAUGUCAAUGCGGCCAUUGCUGCAAUUAAAACCAGGAAGUCUAUACAGUUUGUUGAUUGGUGUCCUACUGGUUUUAAGGUGGGAAUUAAUUACCAGCCUCCCACUGCUGUCCCAGGAGGGGACCUGGCUAAAGUUCAGCGUGCUGUCUGUAUGCUGAGCAACACUACAGCUAUUGCUGAGGCUUGGGCCAGGUUAGACCACAAGUUUGACCUGAUGUACUCAAAGAGAGCAUUUGUACAUUGGUAUGUGGGAGAAGGUAUGGAGGAAGGGGAGUUCUCUGAGGCAAGAGAGGAUAUGGCUGCCCUGGAGAAGGAUUAUGAAGAGGUGGGAACAGAAUCUGAUUUAAUUGAUGAGGAAGAUAACAAUGAAUACUAA